UUAUUUUCUCCAAAUGGGACAAAGGACGCGCACGCUACAAUAAUGGCCACGUACAGCUGUGCUGAUACUGUUUCAAAUCUGCCCGUUCAUUUUCGAAAUCACACUGUUGGAUUGAUGUUAACGGUCGCCGGUGUCGUUCCUCAAUUCGGAAUGUAAGGACUGACCACGACUUUUGUGGACUACAGCAAAAGUAAUAUCACAGAAAGAUUGGAAUAGUCUGCGGGUGGAAUCUUUCAUAAGGCCUGUUAGUGACGCUGGCUGGGCUUGGCCACUCCUCCCCAGUCUCUCCCCCUUCUUCACCCUCCCCUUCUACUCAUUCUCUCCUGCUGCUGCCACCACCAUGCCCUCUGUCCCCUGCUGCACCACCUAUCCUGUGGAAAGUGCCCUGCGCCCCCUCCUGCCCGCCUCCACCACUAACAACGCCGUUUCCUCCUCCUCCGCUGUGACCUCUCCUCUCGCCGCCGCCCCGCCCCCCGAUGGCAUCGUCCCCGCGCUCCGCCAUGGAUGAGGAUGAGGUGAGCGAAGUGAUCAGCACCAACGCGCUGGCCUGGCUGGUGUGCUCAGCCGUGUCCAUCCUGGCCAACGCCUGGGGCAUCCUGAGCGUCAGCGCCAAGCAGAAGAAGUGGAAGCCGCUGGAGUUCCUCAUCUGCACGCUGGCCGGCACGCACAUCCUUAACAUGGCCAUCCCCAUCACCAUGUACUGCGUCAUCACCCUGCGCCGACAGCACUCCAGCUACCAAUGGAACGAGGGCCUGUGCAAGGUGUUCGUGUCCACCUUCUACACCCUGACGCUGGUCACCUGCUUCUCAGUCACCUCACUCUCCUACCACCGUAUGUGGAUGGUACGCUGGCCCGUCAACUACAGGUUGAGUAAUACCAAGAAGCAGGCGGUGCACACGGUGAUGGGCAUCUGGAUGGUGUCCUUCAUCCUGUCCACACUGCCCGCCGUGGGCUGGCACGACACCAUCGACCGCUUCUAUGCCCGCGACUGCCGCUUCAUCGUCACAGAGAUCGGCCUGGGCUUCGGCGUGUGCUUCCUGCUGCUGAUCGGCGGCAGCGUGGCCAUGGGCAUCAUCUGCAUCGGCAUUGCCCUCUUCCAGACCUUCGCCAUCCACGCGGGCCACAAGGCCGACAAGAACAAGUUCAACGUGCCCACCAUCGUGGUGGAGGACGCUCAGGGCAAGCGGCGCUCGUCCAUCGACGGCUCGGAAUCGCUCAAGACCUCGCUGCAGAUCACCUACCUGAUCAGCGGCAUCGUCUUCAUUUAUGACUUCCUCACCGGCUUCCCCAUCCUGGUGGUGAGCUUUACCAGUCUGAAGUAUGACCGCUCCUACAGCUGGAUGGUGCUGUGCGUGCUGUGGUGCUCCAUCGCUCAGUCCAUCCUGCUGCCCAUGUUCCUGUGGGCGUGCGACCGCUACCGCGCAGACGUGCGCAUGGUCUGGGAGAAGUGUGUGGCCAUCAUGUCCAACGAUGACGUGGACGAAGAAAACAGCCAAGAUGGAGGAAUUCAUGCGGACUUAAUAUAUGACAGACCAUAUGACUAUAGCUCCGCGGCUGAUAUCAUGACGGUAGACCGUAUUGCCAAGUACGAAUUCUCAACCUUAGAAAUGGGGGUCCCACAAGGGUAUCCAUUGCAACUACAGGAAGAUAAAAUGCAGUAUUUGCAGGUACCCCCUACAAGAAGAUUCUCCCACGACGAAACCGACAUGUGGACCAGCGGCCAGAUCCCCUCCUACCUACACCACUGGGGCUCCACGGAGGACGUGAUGGGGAUGGUCCAUUACAACUCCAGCUUGCCACGCCACGAGAGGCGCAGGAGCAGCCCGGUCUCCUACCACGAGGAGAGCCACCCGCACCGCAAGCGCCGGCGCUCAGAGGAUAGCGGGCACAUGCUCAAGCAGCUGCCGCGGGUGAGCGGUGGCGAGCGCUACGAGGAGGCAGAUUUGCGCUGCUUUAGCCGCGACGAGGUCAUCAACUUUAUCGAUGAGACCCCGCUUCCCAGUCCCAUGAAGAGCCCACGCCGCACCUCCACCAUUUCCCUCAUCCCAGACGUCUACGAGCAGCACAUCAUCUUGUAUCCGCAUUUCCCGCUCACCGAUUUUGAGCGUGAGCCCCAUGCCCUGCGGCGCCUCUCGCAGCAUGGCAGGAGCUGUAGUCGGGGAGGGUCACCAGAUGGCUCACACAGGGCGUGCGGUGGGGAAAGCUCCGGGGCAUGCCGUUCAGGUUCCCUCCGUGAGCACCGGCGGGAGGGGAAGCGCCAUGGCGAACUAGUCCCCGCGGGGCAAAGCCUGCGGACUGGGGAGCACUCGUCUCACAGGCCCAGCAGGACAGGAGCCCACAGAGCUGGGCCCGACUGGGGGGGACACAAGCACCUGACUACGGGAGACAGUAAAGGGAGCACAAAUAGUUUUAUAAGCUCACCUUCUGCAUCAGCCUCGGGAUAUAUCACAUUUCACUCAGAUUCCAUAGGAUCUGCCACCUAGAUAGAGUAGAGAAAGUUUUUAUUAUGAAUAUUAUUAGUAUUAUUAUUACAGAACCAUGGCAUUGGGGUGGUGGAAAGAUUUCAUACUGGUAUAUCCUAAAUAAUGGUUGAUUUUUUUCAGCCACACUAAACUCCCAAAGCCAGGACUUAUACUCUGUUUUAUUGGCCUUAAAGCUUUGUACACAUUUCAUGACCUGCCUACCUUUGCUUUAGUACCUGGUAGGCUAGACAACGUAGCAACUUUGAAAGAGGCUGUGCAAUUCCUGGGAGGCAGUGAGCUCCACCACAUAGUGACUCAAACACAUUGCUUUUAGUAAACCCAUACUAACAUCUCCUUUUAAUCUUGUGCAUAUUCCACUCUUUUGUUUUGUGUCAUUUAUUGUACGAG